CUUGCCUGCCUACGCUCGCUAGACUGAUGUUGUAAGUUCGGCAGUUGAUUGAUGGGGUCUGAGAAAAUGGCCUCCUCGGAUCAGGCUGAGCCUCCUGUCCAGGGUGGUCCCUUGCUGGCUAAUGAAAAGAGGGUUCCGAGAGAGCAGCUGAUUGCCACAGCGGUGAAGUUUCUCCAGAACCCCAGAGUCCGCCAGAGCCCGGUGUCCACCAGAAAAGACUUUCUGAAGAGAAAAGGACUAAGCGAUGAGGAGAUUGAGUUGGCGCUCCAGCAGUCUGGCACUGCCCACGAUGACCCACCACCACCUUUGGGUGUCCCGGGCCUACCCCAGCCAGGCCAUCCUCACCCGAUGGCAGUUCAACCAUACAGUCCCCCCAGCUCUCGCUGGAGAGAAUAUGGCGCGCUUGCUGUUAUUCUGGCCGGUAUAGCGUUUGGUUUCCACCAUCUGUACAAGAGGUACCUGCUCCCGCUGAUCAAUGGCAACAAGGAGAGCCGCAAACAGCUGCAGCGCAUCGAGUCCAGCGUGUCGGAGAUGAGUAGCAGCGUCACGCAGACAGUGACCCAGCUCCAGACAACGCUCGCUGCUGUGCAGGAACUGCUCCUACAGCAUCAACAGAAGAUCCAGGAACUGACCCAGGAGGUAACCGCUAGCAAGGCCUCCAAUUCCUCCAACACGAUUCUGGACUCACAGAACAUCCAGGAGCUGAAGUCUGAAAUUUACUCCCUGAAGGGGCUGCUUCUGAACAGGAGGCAGUUCCCGCCAUCCCCUUCCGCCCCUAAGAUUCCUGCCUGGCAAAUCCCGGUGAAGCCUCCCUCGUUGUCCAGCCAGGCGGUGCUGAACCACAACAGCAGCAGCGAUAUAUCGCCCGUCAGCAACGAGUCCAGCUCCUCUUCCCCUGUUAAGGAGAAUCACAGCCCCGAGGGGUCAAAGGUCAGCUCCCACCACAUGCCUAGCGCACGGGAGGAGGAUGCCGAGAUCGAUGUGCAGAGCCAGGUGCGCAUGGAAGUUCAGGGAGAGGAGGAGGGCGAAGAAGAAGAUGAAGAGGAGGACGUCGGGCAAGCCGAUGAAGAAGAUUGCAUUGGAGUCCAGACGGAGGAUCGUAGAGGUGGAGAUGGACAGAUAAAUGAGCAGGUAGAAAAGUUGCGCCGGCCAGAGGGCGCCAGCAACGGGAUGGACUAAUGGUAAAAGAUUGAUCCAAAUAGUCCUUUGAGCUGCCCCUACACCUUACUCUGACGUCUUUCAGGAGGGUCAUCCCCAGACUCCAGUCACCAGGGGUCUGUGUGAUAUCUGUGGUACAUUUCUAUACGCAGCUGCAGGAAGAGCCGGAUGUGGCGUGCGCUGCAAUGUGCGUCCAUCCAGCUUUCUUCUUGUUGCGUCUGUUCUCCUGUACUUCUGUGUCAGCGGCUGGCCGGCAGGAUCCAUCACCAGAAAUACAUCCUCUUUUCCAAUAAUAAUAGAGAUGAAAGAAAUGAGUGUUCCAAUAAUUAAGUUCAUGUUAAAUCACUUCUUGAUCUUCACACAACAUGCAAUCACUAUUCAGCGCACUACAGACGUGCAUGUGACAGCGGUGCCUGGCGCGUGUGAUGCCGCAUGUGUCUGAGGUUUCCAGUCUGAUUGGUAAAUAAAAUCAUACAAAGUAACACACUUAUUAUACGGUAUCAUUGUAUGAGUUUUAUAUCUUCUCGCUGUAACCAUCGCUGCAAUCCUCAAUCACUUUAUCUUCCGCGUCUCACAUGCUCAGUCAUACGUUAUUGCCCUGCGUCAUUUGUAAAUCAGUUCUCCCAAUUAAUGCGACGCCCCCAUCUCUUCACUGCCUGGUCCUAUGUAGUAACGUGUCCCUUUAACAGCAGAGCUGCCAUAGAAAACACUUAUUCACUUCUAAUGAUUUCACAUUCCUCUCCCUUCUCCCAUUUCGUCAUUGCCCUCCGCUGCGUUCCCAUUUUCUCCUCCACUGCCCUCCUUAUUUCCUCCUACGCUGCCCUCCCCAUUUCCUCCUAAGCUGCCCUCCCCAUUUCCUCCUAAGCUGCCCUCCCCAUUUCCUCCUAAGCUGCCCUCCCCAUUUCCUCCUCCGCUGCCCUCCUCAUUUCCUCCUCCGCUGCCCUCCCCAUUUCCUCCUCCGCUGCCCUCCCCAUUUCCUCCUCCGCUGCCCUCCUUAUUUCCUCCUCCGCUGCCCUCCCCAUUUCCUCCUCCGCUGCCCUCCCCAUUUCCUCCUCCGCUGCCCUCCCCAUUUCCUCCUCCGCUGCCCUCCUUAUUUCCUCCUCCGCUGCCCAUCUUAUUUCCUCCUCCGCUGCCCUCCUUAUUUCCUCCUCCGCUGCCCUCCUCUUUUCCUCCUCUGCUGCCCUCCCCAUUUCCUCCUCCGCUGCCCUCCCCAUUUCCUCCUCCGCUGCCCUCCUCAUUUCCUCCUCCGCUGCCCUCCUUAUUUCCUCCUCCGCUGCCCUCCUCUUUUCCUCCUCUGCUGCCCUCCUCUUUUCCUCCUCUGCUGCCCUCUCCAUUUCCUCCUCCGCUGCCCUCUCCAUUUCCUCCUCCGCUGCCCUCCUCAUUUCCUCCUCCGCUGCCCUCCUCAUUUCCUCCUCCGCUGCCCUCCUCUUUUCCUCCUCCGCUGCCCUCCCCAUUUCCUCCUCCGCUGCCCUCCCCAUUUCCUCCUCCGCUGCCCUCCUCAUUUCCUCCUCCGCUGCCCUCCUCAUUUCCUCCUCCGCUGCACUCCUCAUUUCCUCAUCCGCUGCACUCCUCAUUUCCUCAUCCGCUGCCCUCCCCAUUUCCUCCUCCGCUGCCCUCCUCUUUUCCUCCUCCGCUGCCCUCCCCAUUUCCUCCUCCGCUGCCCUCCUCUUUUCCUCCUCCGCUGCCCUCCCCAUUUCCUCCUCCGCUGCCCUCCCCAUUUCCUCCUCCGCUGCCCUCCUCAUUUCCUCCUCCGCUGCCCUCCUCAUUUCCUCCUCCGCUGCCCUCCUCAUUUCCUCCUCCGCUGCCCUCCUCAUUUCCUCCUCCACUGCCCUCCUCUUUUCCUCCUCCGCUGCCCUCCCCAUUUCCUCCUCCGCUGCCCUCCCCAUUUCCUCCUCCGCUGCCCUCCUCUUUUCCUCCUCCGCUGCCCUCCUCUUUUCCUCCUCCGCUGCCCUCCUCAUUUCCUCCUCCGCUGCCCUUCCCAUUUCCUCCUCCGCUGCCCUCCGCUGCUCUCCUCAUUUCCUCCUCCGCUGCCCUCCCCAUUUCCUCCUCCGCUGCCCUCCUCUUUUCCUCCUCCGCUGCCCUCCCCAUUUCCUCCUCCGCUGCCCUCCCCAUUUCCUCCUCCGCUGCCCUCCUCAUUUCCUCCUCCGCUGCCCUCCUCAUUUCCUCCUCCGCUGCCCUCCUCAUUUCCUCCUCCGCUGCCCUCCCCAUUUCCUCCUCCGCUACCCUCCCCAUUUCCUCCUCCGCUGCCCUCCUCAUUUCCUCCUCCGCUGCCCUCCCCAUUUCCUCCUCCGCUGCCCUCGUCAUAUGGCACUCUGUCUCCCUUUUCUCUUUGCCCCCCCCCCCCCUCGUUAACCUUCUAUGUUCACCUCCCCACUACCCUCCGUUCACACUCUGCUUCUUGUAUCCCUCUUUUUCUUCAUUUAUUCCUAUCCUUACCUAGUAACUUCACCCUCCUCCCUGAUUCUUCUCUGCUGUCCUCAUUUCAUUGUCUUACCAUAUACAAAUUUCUUCUCGUUUUAUCUUCUUUCUUCAUUAUGUCAUCAUGCUCCCGCCACCGCAUUUCAUCCUGUUCUUAAUUCAUCUCUUUCUCUGUGUUAAUAAAUGAAGGACUGUGUGUAAGCUUCCAUUCUGCGAAUAAUUCUUCUAUCCCUUAGUGCUAAUCACUCAUAUUGGCCCAAAGUCUCCGCCUGCUCAGUGAUAGGGCGUAAUGCUGGCUGUGGCUGGUUAUAUCGGGUGUUGGUACACAAGCUACAGUCACCCUCAGUAUCUGUUGUCGCUCUACCCCAUGGAACAAUUAAGCAAUGUUAGAAUCGGGACAAGUACAUAAAGAUAACAUCCAUGUUUUAGGUGAGGCUGAUGUGCUUUGAUAAAUACGAUCUGGAUAGUAGACCAUGUGUAUGACAGCCGAGCUGACUGGGGCGAGAAGAGGAAGAUCCACAUUCAUUGCAUGAGCGCAGCACGCCCUUUUCAUCAGCCAGCUCUGCUCGUUAGUGUGCUAAUGUAUAGAUUUCCAACUAUAAUUGUACAUAAUUGUAAUAAAGAUGAGUUACACUAUUUAA